CGUGGACGGGUUUCUCUUGGCGGAAGACGGGGGCGGAAAGGUGACCACUCGCUGCUGCACCGGAGCCGGCUUGGGCGCUGGAGUAAACCCGAACCCGAGUACCGUACUGAGGGCUUCGUUACCUGGAGCUGGACGGGAAAUGGGAGUGCGGUUUUCCUGUUAGGAAGCCCAACUGAACCCGAGCAAGCAGCUGACGUGAGGGGAGACGGACCGGGACAGACAUGGCCCACGUCGGCAACGGAGAUACCACCGCUGAGGAGGAGGACUGUUUCGAAGAUGCCUACGAUCGGAUCCCAGCGGCCUGUCAGAUGGACCUGCAGACGGCCAUCCAGGAGACCCAGUGUGCACUCAACUUGGUCCUCAACAACAAAUUCUCAGAAGCCCUUGACCUUCUUAAGCCAUGGUGGAAAGACAGUAUGUACCACGCGCUGGGUUACAGCAGUAUCCUAGUGAUGCAGGCAACCAUGACCUUUGAGCAUAAAGACAUCCAGACCGCCAUGGCAACCAUCAAGGAGGCUCUGAACACAUGUCAGAGGUUCCGAAAGAAAAACUCCAUGGUGGGAUCUCUGUCCAGCCUCAUCAGCAAGCAGUCCAACCUACAAGAAGUUGAGAUGCACGCAGAGAUUUGCUACGCUGAGUGUUUGUUGCAGAAAGCCACGCUGACGUUUGUUCAGGAUGAAAACAUGAUCAGUUUCAUCAAAGGAGGCAUCAAGAUCCGCACCAGCUACCAAAUUUACAAGGAUUGUCAGAAUGUUCUGAACGUGACUCGGAACUUGAGCAGCCAGACUGAUUCAUUCAGACAGUUUGAAGGGGGUGUCCAGCUCGGAAUUGGCUCCUUCAACUUGAUGCUGUCUCUGCUCCCUCAGAGGAUUUUGAGGUUGUUGGAGUUCAUUGGAUUCUCAGGAAACAGGGCGUUUGGUUUGUCUCAGCUGCGAGAAGGUGCGGCCAGCCAGAGUCUGCGCUCCAUCCUCAGCGCUCUGACUCUGCUCUUCUAUCACACCUAUGUUUCCCUCAUACUUGGGACUGGGGAGGGAAACCUGGCAGAGGCGGAAGCUCUGCUGGAGCCCUACCAACGCAAGUAUCCCAAAGGAUCCAUCAUUCUGUUCUAUUCUGCCCGCAUCGCCGCUCUCCGAGGGAACUUCGAGACGGCCCGGGCCCGGUACGAGGAGUGCAUUGGCAGUCAGCAGGAGUGGAAGCAGAUCCACCACUUGUGUUACUGGGAGCUGAUGUGGACCCACUCGUACCAGCAGGAGUGGCAGCAGGCGUACCGCUACGCCGACCUGCUGUGUAGAGAGAGCCGCUGGUCCAAGGCGAUCUACGUGUUUCAAAAAGCAGCCAUCCUUAGCAUGAUGUCUGAGGAGGAGGCGAAGAAGACUGGGGAGGACAUCACUGAACUGUUCAGGCAGGUGGAAGGUCUGAAGCAGCGACUAGCAGGGAAGUCCAUCCCAACAGAGAAGUUUGCCGUGAGGAAGUCUAGGCGCUACAAGUCCUCCAGCCCCAUCCCCCUGGUGGUCCCCGCUCUGGAGAUGAUGUAUGUUUGGAACGGCUUCACCAUCCUCGGGAAGAGAUCGGACUUCACCGAGUCUUUGCUGGUGACCAUCGAGUCAACUGAGGAGAAGCUGCGCAGUGACACUAACCCGACUGAGUUUCACAUGGACGACAGCUGUUUGGUCCAGAUGUUGAAGGGGCUGUGUCUGAAGCAUCUGGGCCGGUUACUGCAGGCUGAGUUGUGCUUCACACAGGUUCUAUCAAGCGAAGGCAGAAUCAAGUACGACCACUACCUGGUGCCCUUCACUCUGUAUGAGCUGGGCCUGCUCUACAAACAACAGGGAGACUUCGCCAAAGCAGCCACCUUCAUAGAGAAAGCCAAGACGAACUAUAAGGACUACUCCAUGGAGUCUCGGCUGCACUUCCGCAUCCAUGCGGCCCUCAGCAGCCUGAAAGGAACGCCAGCAGGAACGCCAUAAUGAACUCUGCAGCUGGAAAUGACGUGGUCAAACUAGGAAUUUUUCUCCCAACUCUGUUCACACAGAUGAGAUUUGUGGCUUUGACACGCUAUUACUACAAUAAGGCAGGUACCAUCACAGCUCUAGUGCAGAUGCAACGUCGCACCUUAUAUGAGAUUUCAAGGCUGCAUUCAGUGCCUCGCAUAAAUAUCCACACUGUCUCACGGUCUCACUCUUCACGACCAUUUGUUUUGACUUGAACUGAACAAAGCUUUUUCUCUGAGCACCAUGAAGCAUUUGAAAUCAGUGAAGGGUUCUCCAAAAACGGUGGCUUCCAUUAGUUUGCAAACAGUGAUUUUAUUUGCUUAUUUAUUGUGUAGUAGACUCUUUUCAUGCUUCUAUUUCAUUGCUUUUUGCAAACUUAAAUUUAAAGGAAGAAAGGUAUGUAAAACCACAAGGAAAAAAAAGUCGGGAUCAAAGCAUUUAUACUUCACAACAAUCAUCCACACAAACCAGCAGAGACAAGUGAUCCUAAAAUCUAAAGAAGAUUUAACAUACAGUUCAAUGCAUUUAUAUAAUCCUACCUCUGCUUUUAUUUAUUAUUCGUUAUUUAACUCGUGUUUGUUUGGUUGUUUAAGGUUCAUUGUACAGAUGAGAAAUUUCACAUUGAUCUCUUAGCGACGCCUAGCCUGAGUUUGCGUUGGAAGAAUGCCGACACAAGCAUUUUUAUUCUCUAUUUCCUCUUUUCAAUUGGCCGGACAUGCAGCAUGAGAGGUGCGCAUGCUGAAGCCUUGUCACCAGAAGUGGCCUAUACACAGGAUCGUGUGUGUUAAUGUACUGCACGUCAGCACGUAUCAUGAAAUAUGCACAACAUGAAAUGACCCUCAAACGAACUUUAAACGGCAAUAUUAAAGAACAAGCUGUUGUCUUGUCCUUUUGAGUGACGCGCUGUUUAAACAUCGGGCUUUUGUUUUGGUCACAGGCAGGAAAUCAUCGCUAAUCCAUCUUGUCACUGCGCCUCAUUGUGAGUGUCAAUUUUGGAGUUCCUCAGGGUUCUUUUUCCAGAGCCUUUUAAACAUCGUGAGAACGAACGCUCGCCGUUUCCCAAUGGAAGGUUGUUUAGUUAAUGAAGCCAUUAAAACGUGGUCAUUUUAAUGUAGAACAGAUUCAAGGUUCUUCUGACACAGUCAGAAAAGGAGACAUUUUUGGUGAGCUAUCUGUUCUCCAAACCUUCAUGUUGACAAAUCCCAGCGGCUUUGAUCUGCAGCUACACACCGCUUAUAUUUUGGUGCGUAUGUUAUGGUAUUACUGAGUGGCUUUCAAAUUUAACCAUCAAAAUUGAGAUUUUUUUAGUCUUUCCAAAUAGCUAAUCCUUUAACUCAUGUCAGAUAUUCUAAAUGACAACAUAUAUUUAAAAAAAAAAAAAGAAAUUAUGACGAUAGUUGAAGUCAAAAAGCACAAUGUUUUAUUGUUGAUAUAUUGGCGGCUUUGAACAGCGUCACGUUUUUUUUAGACUGAGAGCGCCAUCUGCUGUCUGUCGUACAUGUACACUGAACCUUCAGGUGCUUUAAAUGUAAUUCUUUGCAGUUAAGAAAAGGCAUUAAUAUAUUGGAAAUAUAGUGAUGACAGCUGUCCUCCUGAUGAUGAAGAAUGUAUCGACCUGAAGACCAAAUAAUUUCUAUGUGUGUCUUGUUACUGUGUUUCAUUGCUUUUUGGUGGAUUCAUGUGAUGCUUUUUUGUUUUUGUUUUUUUGAGUUGUCGAAGGCAAUAAAAACGU